GCAUUAAAUUUAAAUUCCCGCCUAAACCCUUAUCAUUCGCCGGAUUUUCAUUUCAUUCGCAAUUGAAUUUCAAUUUCGCUUUACACCCUUUAAUAUCUACCCGCAUUUGUGACUACCCUCUGUCAUAGUCUCAUUUCAUAACACGCGCUAUCUCUCUAUCUCUCUCCCAAACCCUAGUUUCAACCGCAUUCCACCGUUCGUUUUCAUCAUGAAAGGAGGAAAGUCCAAGGGUGAAUCGAAGAAAGCUGAUGCUAAGCUUGCUGUGAAUAAGAAGGCUGCUCCCGCUACUAAGGGCGGAAGGAAACCAGCCAAGGGAAAGGAACCAAAGGACCCUAACAAGCCAAAGAGACCUGCAAGUGCUUUCUUCAUUUUCAUGGAGGAGUUUAGGAAGCAGUUUAACAAGGAAAACCCUGACAACAGAGCUGUGUCUGCUGUGGGCAAAGCUGCUGGAGCAAAAUGGAAGUCGUUGUCUGAUGCUGAUAAAGCACCAUAUGCUGCAAAAGCUGAAAAGAGAAAGGCUGAAUAUGAGAAGGUCUUGAGGGCUUAUAACAAGAAACAGGCUGAAGGUCCAGCUGCUGCUGAUGAAGAAGAAGAAUCCGAGAAAUCAGAAUCUGAGGUGCAUGAUGAGAAUGAUGAUGAUGAUGAGGAGGGCAGUGAUGAGGAGGAUGAUGACCAGUAGGAACUUGGAUGACGAUAACAUUUAUGUAGAGGAUGUUAUGCUUAUUUGAUCAUCUUGUGUAGAUGGAUCUUGUAGUUUCCUGAUAAACAUAUCUUGCUUCCAGCAAUAUUUUGCUGCUUCCUUGGUAAAUGUUGUCUUUUCAAAACAUGGAUAGCUAAAAUACGAGGGAGCUAGCCUUUAUCUGUACUUUUAAAUCCCUCUUUUUAGUUAAGAAUUGUUUAACUUUUGUAGAGCUUUUAGUUUUUCUUGAUGAAAUCUUGAUGAAAUCUGGUUAUGGUUUAACUUUUGAA